AAACAAAUGUCUGGCAAUAACUGCACUGCUGUGACUGAAUUCAUUAUUUUGGGGUUAACAGAUGAUCCAACCCUUCGUGUCAUCCUCUUUUUGAUAUUUCUAAGUGUCUAUGCAGUCACCUUAGCUGGUAAUCUUAUCAUCAUCAUAUUGAUCAGAACCAGCUCUCAACUUCAUACUCCAAUGUACCUUUUCCUCAGUCAUUUGGCUUUUGUGGAUAUAGGACUUUCCUCCACUGUCACCCCUCUCAUGCUCACAAACUACCUUGCAGAUAAGACCUUAAUACCUCUGGAAGGGUGUGUGGCCCAAUUUUUUUUUGUAGUCACCUUUGGGACAGCUGAGUGCUUCCUGUUGGCUGUGAUGGCCUAUGAUCGGUAUGUGGCCAUCUGUAACCCCCUUCUCUACUGCACCAACGUUUCUACUGGAGUCUGCACUCUUUUACUCAUCACAUCCUACUUUGGUGGUUGUCUGAAUGCUUGUGUUUUCAUGGGCUGUUUAUUGAAACUUUCCUUCUGUGGACCCAAUAAGAUCAAUCACUUCUUCUGUGAUUAUUCACCACUUUUGAAGCUUUCCAACUACCAAGAUGAUCUACCUGAAAUUCUUCCUUCUGUCUCUGCUGGGUCAGUGAUUACAAUAACAGUGUUAGUUAUCAUCAUCUCUUAUGUAUACAUCCUCUUCUCUGUCCUGAAGAUACACUCCAGUGAGGGGAGAUCCAAAGCUUUCUCAACUUGCACUUCCCACCUCACUGCAGUCACUCUUUUCUAUGGCACCCUUACAUUCAUUUAUAUAAUGCCCAAGUCCACGUACUCAACAGAUGAGAAUAAAGUGGUGUCUGUUUUUUACAUGGUAAUUAUCCCCCUGUUGAACCCUCUGAUCUAUAGUCUAAGGAACAAUGAAGUCAAAGAUUUGUUGAGGAAAUUGAUGAGUAGGAGACAUCUUUUUUCAUGA